AUGACGGCUAGAGAGGAGCUCCCUUGCGCGCACUUCACAGUAGAUAAAGAGAACAUCUCCCUCUGGUCCAAAGAGCCUCCUAGCAAGAUGGAUUGGCCUCUGGCUCUGAGGAAACCUUCCACCCUGUGUGCCGCAUUAACCUUCAUGACUCUGGUCCUGCUCACCUCCAUCCUGCUGCAGGGUAUCCUCUAUUCCUGGUUUUUGGGCACAAUAUCAGAUAUAAGGACCAAUGCUCAGUUGAUGGAAGGGCGUGUGGACAACAUCAGCACAGAAGGUUCUGAAAUUAAGAGGAAUCAUGGUGGCCUGAAGGCAGCCAACAUUCAGAUCCAGAGGGUGAAUGUCAGCUUGAAUGAUGUGCGCUCUCAGCUCCUGAGAUUGCAAACUGGUCUGGAGAAAGCCAGUGCAGGGAUCCAGAUAUUAACAAAAAGUUGGGAGGAAGUAGAUGCUCUAAAUGCCCAAAUCCCAGAGUUAAAAAAAGAUUUGGAUAAAGCCAGUGCUUUAAAUGCAAAGGUCCGGGGACUUCAGAGCAGUUUGGAGAAUAUGGACAAGUCACUCAGACAACAAAAUGACAUUCUACAGAUGGUUUCUCAAGGCUGGAAGUACUUCAAGGGGAACUUCUAUUACUUUUCUCGUGUCCCAAAGACCUGGUACAGUGCCCAGCAGUUCUGUAAGUCCAGGAAUUCGCACUUGACUUCAGUGACCUCAGAGAGUGAACAGGAGUUUCUGUACAAGACAGCAGGAGGAAUUUCCCACUGGAUCGGCCUGACCAAAACAGGGAGUGAAGGGGACUGGUACUGGGUAGAUGACACUCCGUUCAAUAAGGUCCAAAGUGUAAGGUUCUGGAUUCCAGGUGAGCCCAACAAUGUUGGGAACAAUGAACACUGUGCCAAUAUAAGAGCGGCUUCACUUCAGUCCUGGAAUGAUGACUCCUGUGACAAUAAGUUACUUUUCAUCUGUAAGCAGCCCUAUAUCCCAUCAGAACCAUGA